UUAUACUGAGAAGAUUUUGCGACCAAGUCUGUUUCAAAGUAUUUUUAAGAAGGGAUUUUAGCCAGCCGUUACCACAUUAUCAGGUACAUGUUGAUCCUACAUGGACCUAUUUAAGACAUGAACCUGGGUCUGUCGAUUUUUAUCGUGGCGGGAUGUAUGUAACUGAUGAUAAGUGGAGAACCUUUUGGAUAGAAUGGACUAGCGAUCCGGUUGCCCAGACCACUGAGGUGACCGUGGGCAGGCAGGGUGAGCCGCCUUUUGGGAGACUAAAAUAUGAAUUUUUAGCUGUAGGUGAAGUUGAUUUUCAGUCAACUUGCCAUAGUGAAGUGCAGCUGAUAAGCGGCCUAGAAGUUGGACCGAGGUUUUCGAAUAUCGGAGGUUAUGGUCUACGACGGCAAAACGAGAGGACAGUAGAAAUGGAAGAAAUAUUAAGGACAUAUACAGAUAACUUGACAGUAACGGGUUUGUACAAGUACUACGAGGCGAGAGAGGAGCCUAUUCAGAUCGGCGUGUUCUUGGGUAAACAUGUUUGGAGGGAGUUUUUUAUUUUACUGUGUUCAGAUUACAUGAAGCCUGAACCCAAUAUUUUGAUUCACAUCGGCGAACAUUAUGGCGAGUACUGCAAUAUCGCUAAGAACAGGAAUGUAGUGAUUCGAGUGCGGUGUAAUUUACCCUGGCAAAGAGAUAACUAUCUACAGUUUUGGAUUUGGCACGGAAAUGGGAAAAUAUCUAUCAAAUCAGGAUAUUUUGAACCAGAUAUUUAUAAACCGUUCAUGUCCUGGGAUGACCCGGAACCGUUCAAAGUGAACCUGUUCGCUUUGCGCACAGUUAUCGCGGAGGAGAUCCCCAUGACCGUUGUUGACACUGAGGUGCAAGAUUGGCUCAUUCGAGAAUAAAAAAGACCCACGCAUGAUCUAAACUAAGCCAGCACUAAACUAAGUUAACUCUAAACUAACUUAGCUCUAAACUAAGCUAGCUGUAAACUAAUCUAACUUUAUUUACAUAAAUAAAGUUAGAUUAGUUUACAGCUAGAUUAGUUUAAAUCUAGUUUUCCAAAGAGGAAAUAUUCUUAAUAAUUUGAUCUUAAAUUUUUCCAAGUCGUUAUUUUUGUCGAAAUGAGUACUCAGGUUGAGAAUUUAGUACGUAAUUUUUUAAAUUUAGUUUUUUUUUUACUUAAAAUUUUAAUUUUUCAAUAUUUCAAAUUGAAUUUUUCUCGAUAUAGGUAAGUAUUUUGUGGAGAAUUCAGAAUUUUAUUUUCCAAGCCAUUCUUUUUAAGUUUAUGUUUAAAUCGAAUUGUAUCUUUAGUCCUACUGCGUAUAUUUAAAGAUCUACUUAAGUAUAAAAUAUGUCAUUAUUUAAAUAAUUUAAAAUAAAUUCAAUAAUUUCCAUUGGUUGUUAUCUAUAUAUAUAACUCUUGCGUUACUGAGUGACUGACUGACAGACAACGCACAGCCGAAACUACUGGGCGUAGAAAGCUGAAAUUUAGUGUGUAGGCAAGGUAGGUAAGGGAUUUCCUGAAAUUCCCACGGGUAACGGAUUUUUAAUCACAUACGAGGUUGUGAGCUAUUUUUUUUUAUAAAGUGGCCAAUCAGCGAACGGAUUAAUCUCAGUAGUGUUGUAGUGUUGUUAGUUCUAUUUGAAUUUGUGCUCAAUGUAACGAAUAUAUACCAUUACAUUUUCAAUCAUCAAAAUUUAUAAUUUUUAAAUAUAUAACUUUGAGUGUGUUGAACCUGAUCCAAUAUGGUUUGAUGUGAAGCAAAUGAAGUCUAAGUGUGUAAACAGAAGCUUAAAAAUGCCUAUUCCUCUUGACUUAAGAUCCUUAACCCUAACUCGUAUGUUUAGGCUAAACAAAACUAAAUAAAACCUUGUUAUUCAUACAAAAGAUAACUUGCACUUUAAGGGCACAUUAUGCAGAACGAGAAAAUAUAUUUUAGUUUUAAAGUAUGAAUUCUUUUUUAUGAAAUACACAGUGAAUCAAUGCGAUUCUGUGAAUGUGGAGGCGAAUCAUGAAGGGCGAUGGUGAGGAAUUGUGGAAUAAAACCACACGAUUAAACUACAGUUCGAUGAACACAUUGUCGCUUGUCGUAGUUUAGACGCCGCAAAGCUCAACAUAAAAA